CUAUCUAGGCAGAUUACGCGCCUCAACAAACCCAAGCCAUGUGAUACUACACACUGGCUUCCUAGAAUAUUUCCGUGAAUCGGUCAUGUGACCAACUGGUUUCCAGUCGUAGGUGAACAUGGCUCGGAACCACGAGAAGCAGCUGGGCAGGUUGAACCGGGUUUGGCUGCAGAGGGAGAGAGAAGAGGGACGCCUGAAAGAUGUACACCAAAACAGACCCAAAUUGUCUUCUCUAAAUUCAGCAGCAGAUGUGAAGAGGUGGAUUCCAAGCAUCAAGAAUGAGAUUGAAUAUUACUUACAGUCCCAGCUGCCCCACUAUCCUGAGAGGAAGAUUGCAGAGUUCCAGCAGCACAUUGAGGACCUGAGAAGGGAGUAUCAGGGUCACAUCCGGAAACUCAGAACUUUAGAGCCCUCUAACAAGGAACACCCAUGGAAACUGCGAGGAUACACAAGGAAGAGACAGGCACCUGUCGGUGCACAGUCUGAGAGCCAAGCAGACCCUGGCUCUGUGAAGAAGCUGUGCACCCCAGUGCUGUCCAUGCCUGUACACCAAGGCAGGGAUGAGUCAGAUUCUGAUGAAGAACAGGAGAGUAACUGGAAAGUAGACCCUCUGAGUUCAGAUCGUUCUGCUCCUGUCUACAACUGCCCCUCUGUUGACUGUGAAGUCCAGGACCGGCCGCUUUCCUUUAAUCCUCGAAAGAUUCCCCUGAAAUUUACUGGCCAUGCAGUGUCUGGCUGUGAAGCAGGGAAUCACGAUGAUACUGACAAGUUAACACAAAUUCUGCUUUCAGGGCUUCCUAACCUUCACAAUAACCCCUCAGUAAACCCCGGCCGGACUGCAGCGGCUUGGAUCAGCGGGGAAGCAGGGGCUGCUGAAAUAAGUGAGGCCCAGGAACCUUCAGGAGCAACCAGAGAUCUCCUUGGCUUGGGCUGUUACUCCUCAUCUGAGGAGGAGAUGUAACCAGAUAAUAAGAAUUUGUGAACUAGAGGAGGCUAUUCGGCCCGUCAGUGUUUGUCUGGGUUCCAGCAGCUGUUUGAUCUCAAAACUUUGUCAUGGUGUGUUUUAGGGGACUCUGAUGAGUCAGCAUCAAAAAGACAGUUCGGUAACCCAUUCCACACCCUCACCGUGACUCUCCUACCUUCUGUCCUAAGUCUGUCUACACUUAAUUUCCAACAGUGUGCUGUGCUCCUGGUUUCUGUGCUGUAUUGGCUAUGAUUAACUUUGUGAACUAUUUUAAAGAUUUUAAAGACUUCAGCAAGUCUCCACUAAA